UCAGUAUUUUGCUCAAUGGUAUACAAAUUACAAGGUCUCUAAAUUCGGCUCCAACGAUGAACGGUUGAAAUUAAACUUGAAGGGAUACGGUCUGGGCCGCCUGCGCGGGUCCCCAGUGUUUGGUACUUUCAUUCGUACGUCACCCACCAACUAAACAAACGCCGUCGUUUCUUCUGCCUCUUCUUCUCGUCCAGUGCAAUUGAAUUCCUUCAAAGAAAAAAAUAGUAAUUACUAAUUAAUACAGAUUUUUCAAGGGAAUCCCACAGUGAUUCAUUUCAUACCUUCUCUCAACUAUCUGUGCAAGAAAAAGAAAGUUUCUGGUUCUCAAUGGCUGCCAAAUUAGGUUCCUUUAGGCAUUCUCUUCUAGAGAGAAGGGAGAAAACAAAGGGGUAUUCAGUGUUGGGACUCACCAAUGAAGAAGAAGAACUGCAACAACAACGAUGCAGGUGGUAUUCUUAUAGAUUCAUAAGUGAAAAAGUAACUGGGUUCUUAAAGGAAGUCCAAUCUGUUGCAGGCCAGGCAUGGCAGAUGGGCAUAUCGGAUCCCAGAAAGAUUGUUUUCUCUGCCAAGAUGGGUCUUGCCUUAGCACUUAUUUCUUUACUUAUUUUCUUGAAAGAAGAACCCAUCAAGGAACUAAGUCAAUACUCGGUUUGGGCUAUUCUUACUGUUGUCGUAGUCUUUGAAUUCAGUAUAGGAGCAACUCUUAGCAAAGGGUUUAACCGUGGGCUGGGGACAUUAUCGGCUGGAGGGCUUGCUCUUGCUGUGGCAGAAUUGUCGGAGUUGGCUGGACAAUGGGAAGAAAUUGUUGUUGUUAUAAGCAUCUUUAUCACAGGAUUUCUUUCAACUUAUGCAAAACUAUACCCAACAAUGAAGCCUUAUGAGUAUGGAUUCCGAGUGUUUGUUUUGACGUAUUGUUUCGUAAUAGUAUCUGGGUAUAGAACAGGAGAUUUCAUUCAUACAGCUGUGACACGAUUUUUUCUGAUUGCACUUGGUGCUGGUGUUUCUUUAGCUGUUAAUGUAUGCAUUUAUCCAAUCUGGGCUGGUGAGGAUCUACACAAUUUGGUGGCCAAAAAUUUUAUGAGUGUGGCAAAUUCCUUAGAAGGAUGUGUUAAAGGGUACCUUAAUUGUGUUGAAUAUGAAAGGGUCCCUUCCAGAAUCCUAACUUAUCAAGCUUCUGAUGAUCCAGUUUAUAAUGGCUAUAGAUCAGCUGUAGAAUCUAUAAGUCAAGAGGAAGCUCUGGUAAAUUUGUUGCAUUUAUGUAUCGUCUUUCACUUUUCUUCCCAUUCUCUGAUUUUUUUUUUUCCCGUUGUGAAGUUGGGUUUUGCCAUAUGGGAGCCUCCCCAUGGCCCUUACAAGUCACUUGGUUAUCCUUGGAAGAAUUAUGCCAGACUAAGUGGAGCAUUGAGGCAUUGUGCAUUCAUGGUCAUGGCAUUACAUGGUUGUAUACUUUCAGAAAUACAGGCUCCACCUGAACGGAGACAAGUCUUUUAUCAUGAACUUCAGAGGGUAGGUGCUACAGGUGCUAGAUUAUUGCGUGAGCUUGGCAACAAAGUUAAAAAGAUGGAGAAAUUAGGUUCUCGUGACAUGCUAUUCGAUGUACUUGGAGCUGCUGAGGAGUUGCAAAACAAAGUUGACCGGAAAUCCUACCUUCUUGUCAAUGCCGAGAGUUGGGAAAUCGGAAAUAGACCACAUAGUCCAGUAGAGCCUCAAGAUUCACGAAACUUGGAUAACGAAGAACACAAAGUCCUGGCUUAUAAGUCCCUCAGUGAAGCAGUACUUGAUCUCAAAUCGGUUCCUAUACCAAAUAGUUGGGACGGCCAGCAGACUAAUGUAGGUGUCAGCCUUUCAGUCUCUCCCGUUGUUCCCUCUAACGACUUACUGAAGAAGCAGAUAUCGUGGCCUGCACCCCGUUCUUUUGCUACUGAUACAUCACCACCCUUGGAAGAGUCUAAAACAUACGAGAAUGCAAGUGCGUUGUCACUGGCAACAUUCACUUCACUUUUGAUAGAAUUCGUCGCCAGGCUUGAAAAUGUUGUUGACUCGUUUGAAGAGUUGAGUGAGAAAGCAAACUUUAAGGAACCCGAAGAGCUACCAGCAGCAGCAAGAGAGCCCAUUGGCUUUUGGUCAAGAUUGUUUAGAUGGAAAUGGUAUCGGCCUGAAGCCUAAAUCAGGUCUUACAGCUUAAGACACGGGCCUCAACAAGUUUAGGAUUUUGAUUAGUCGGCAAAAACAUUCAAACGGAAAGUGAAAAAAAACUUUUGAAGCAGAACUUUUUUACUUAAAUGAAUCAAACAAUGUACAGAGACUAUAUGCCAGUGUUGUCAAGGGCACAAGCACACCCUAGCCACUAGAACCCUUUGUACUGCCUUGGGACGCAAAAAAGGCGCUAGCAUAUGUAGUUUACUCGUAAAGAAUGCAAUUUUUUUCGUUGGUCAUUAUGUGGUUUUAUUGUGAUUCAUUUAUGUAUAUUGAGAAGUUUCCUUAUUGUA